AAUCAUUCAAUUCAUAGUAUUCUUAUUUGAUAACGUCACUGUUAAUUACUGCACAUUGAUGCUACCAAAAAUUACUCUGCAAAGUAUUGCUUCUACUAUUAGAACAGUUGGAUCGAUUAUCAGAAGAGUAGUGAAGUAUUUUAUUAAAACAAAUAAAUCAUGACUAUUAAAUUAUUAAUUAUACUGUUAAUAUUUUUAAACCAAUGCAACGUUAGUAUUAUUGAAGAAGACAAACCCAUUGUUGUUGAAUCUACGGAGGGAGAAUUUGAUAUAAUUGAAAAUAAUAAUGACACAUGGUUGGUUAACUUUAUACGAAGUGAUAAUAAUAGAUAUAUUAGUUGUCAAGUUAUGCCAAUUGAACCCCGGGUUUUAAUUGGAGAUGCUGAAUGCAUUUAUCACGCUUCUAAAGAAGGUCAUUGGCAAAUAGUUAUAUAUUUCUAUCACAACUCAAUGAGAUUCCCAAACAUGGCAUUUGUACAAGACAAAAAUAUUUUUUACAACACAAAUUUAACCAAUGAAUACAAUCCAAACUUGCGUAAAAUUGCAAUACUGAUUACCGAUCAACCGGUAAUAGCAGAUAAUAAUAAAUCUUUGUUAGUCGGUACUGCGCAAUUGGCUUAUGAAGAAGUUCCAGGGUACAAUGAAAAAAACCAAAUUAAAAAAAUAAUUAAAAGUAAGGCAGACUCUGAAGAAACGAAUUUUUCAAAGUGCUUCAUGUCUCCAUUUAAAGGAAGAAAUAUAAUUGUUCGAUGUUAUGAAUUAGGCCUUACCUAUACGGUGUGUAAGUUAAAAAAGACGGAAUAUGUCAUCUCCCAGUAUGACAAUCUUUCGGAUUUUCUGAUGUGUCAUGUUAAAAGCAGCAGAAAAAAUGUUUUUCUUGCUGGAGUUUUAUCCAGAGUAAAUAAACUGACUCUCAAUUCUUAUUACCAAAUAAUUGAUUUAAAGUUUGAAAAUGUCGAAGAUCUUGGUCGAAUUAUUCGAAAAAAAGUGCGCAAGUGGUUAGCUGAAAAUCCUGAACAAAAAACUUAUCCACUUUGGUAAUUGGAUAUUAUUAAUG